GCCGUGGUUGAACUGUAGCGACCCGAGGAACACACCAAACCGGUCGUUGUGUCAGAAACAUGGCGGCCUUUAGUAAGUAUGUGACUGCGAAAAACUCCUCCAUAGCAGGCGGUAUUUUGCUGGUUUUAUACCUGCUGAGAAGAAGAAGACGGACGCCCAGGCAGGACGGUAGAAAAGGAGGCCCAGAUCUUGUACUGAACACUGAGAAAGAUGGCAGAAAAGACCGUGCAGCAGUGGACAAGGUUUUCUUCCUCCGAAUCCUCCGGAUUGUGCGAAUCAUGGUACCUCGCUUUUUCUGCAUGGAGACUGGCUGUCUCAUCCUUAUUGCUGUCAUGUUGGUGGCAAGGACCUACUGUGAUGUAUGGAUGAUCCAGAAUGGCACCAUGAUCGAAAGUGCAAUUAUCGGUCGCUCAACAAAAGAUUUCAAGACCUUCUUGUUCAGCUUUAUCAAAUUCAUGCCACUUAUAGCCUUGGUGAACAACUUCUUGAAGUUGGGCCUGAAUGAGCUGAAGCUGCGGUUCCGUGAGAGGCUCACAAAGCACCUGUAUGACCAGUACCUGCAAGGUUUCACCUACUACAAAAUGGGUAACUUGGACAACCGGAUAGCCAAUGCAGACCAGCUUCUGACACAGGACGUGGAGAAAUUCUGCAACAGCAUGGUGGAACUCUACUCCAACCUCAGCAAGCCUCUGUUGGAUAUUGGUCUGUACAUCUUCAAGCUGACAAGUGCCAUCGGUGCUCAGGGGCCAGCAAUCAUGAUGUCCUACCUGCUGAUCUCGGGUCUCUUCCUGACCAGACUGAGGAGGCCCAUAGGCAAGAUGACAGUCAUGGAGCAGCGCUACGAGGGAGAGUACCGCUACAUCAACUCUCGUCUCAUCACCAACAGUGAGGAGAUUGCAUUCUACAAUGGGAACAUGAGGGAAAAACAGACCAUUCACACCACAUUCAAGAAACUGGUGGACCACUUGCAUAACUUCAUCUUCUUUCGGUUCUCCAUGGGAUUUGUGGACAGCAUAAUUGCCAAGUACCUGGCUACCGUGGUGGGCUAUCUGGUGGUUAGCCGGCCGUUCCUAAACCUGUCCCACCCCCGACACCUGCAAAGCACACACUCUGAGCUGCUAGAGGACUACUACCAGAGUGGGAGAAUGCUCCUGCGGAUGUCCCAGGCCCUGGGCAGGAUUGUACUGGCUGGCCGAGAGAUGACCCGACUCUCAGGAUUCACAGCUCGUAUCACUGAACUGAUGAAAGUCCUGAAGGAGCUGAACUCUGGCAAAUAUGAGCGCACCAUGGUCUCUCACCAGGAGAAGGAAUCUGAUACUGCAGAGAAACUUGCUCUGGUACCAGGAAGUGGUCAAAUUAUCAACAGAGAUAACAUCAUCAAAUUUGACAGUACCCCACUAGCAACACCGAAUGGAGACAUCCUGAUCAGAGACCUCACAUUUGAGGUGAGUUCUGGCACCAACGUUCUAGUGUGUGGACCAAACGGAUGUGGCAAGAGCUCACUGUUCAGAGUGCUCGGAGAGCUGUGGCCGCUGUUUGGAGGACAGCUGACAAAACCAGAGAGAGGGAAGCUCUUCUAUGUUCCACAGAGACCCUACAUGACUUUGGGUUCUCUGAGGGACCAAGUCAUUUACCCUGACACUCUUGAAGAACAGAGGAGGAAAGGUAUCUCUGAUCAGGUGUUGAAGGAGUACCUGGACAAUGUUCAGCUGGGUCACAUCCUGGACAGGGAGGGCAGCUGGGACGCGGUCCAGGACUGGAUGGAUGUGCUCAGUGGAGGGGAGAAGCAGAGGAUGGCUAUGGCCAGACUGUUCUACCACAAGCCCCAAUUUGCCAUUCUGGAUGAGUGCACCAGUGCCGUGAGUGUGGAUGUGGAGGAUUAUAUCUACAGCCACUGCAGGACGGUGGGUAUCACCUUGUUCACCGUGUCCCACAGAAAGUCUCUGUGGAAGCACCACGAGUAUUACCUCCACAUGGACGGGAGAGGAAACUACGAGUUCAAGCCCAUCACAGAGGAGACUGUGGAGUUUGGCUCGUAACUGACUCCUGGUUCUAGUUGCAAAUGCACUGCUCUAAUAAAACCAGUCCAUUAAUUCUUUGCACUCAAGACAGAAGGUAUAUCUAAAACUAGAAAUGUUUUUAAUCAUUUGUAACUCUCAGCUUUGUUUCCUGUAUGUUUUCUGUUAUUUAAAGCAUCACUUUAGUCCUGUCUAAUCAUGCAUUUGUUGAGUGUGAUUGUAAAAAAAAACUUGUAAUUUAUAUUGCCAACUUCUAGGUUGUGUUUUACACAUGCAAGAGAUCUGUAAGAGAAGGUGGAAGUGUAGUGUACUAUUUUAACCAUCUCUGCACACGUGGUUAUAGUAACAGAGGUUAGCCCGUAGAAUUAAGCUAGAUAUAACAGUGGUUGUUGAGGCAUAUUGUCCCAUACUAAACUGUGUCCUGCACAGAAAAAUAAUGAUGCACACACAACAUGAUGCUUCUUAGAUAAGCACUCACACAAGUGAUGCUCCUGGCGGCCUUGUAAGUUCUCAUUAACUUUCCACAGCAGACACAUGCUGAGCAGCUGAGGGUGCUAAUCAUUUUCAGGUCUGUUCGCAUCAAUUUCUUAAAAUACCAAAUUAACUUUUUUUUUUUUUCUUUGCGAAAGGAAGAAAAGUUAAAUUAUCAAUCCAUUCAUUCAUGCCUUUUUUUUCUCAAGGCCAGAUAAUGAUAAAAGCCAUAGGAUUAUCCAUGAAGUAAGGAAAACUUAUCCUAACAUAAUGAGACAUGGACAUCAUUGUCACCAGAAAACAAGUAUAAUAUCUCCAGAAAUCCUUGGAAUCAAUAUCUUAGGAAAAGAGGCUUUAAACUGAAACUGAGCUGUGAUCACAUGACAUAGGGCCUAAAAAUAGGAGUCAACCACAGCUGCACUGUAACUACUGGAUAAACUGAUCACUGGAACUCAGUGAACUUGUUCAAAGCCAACUCCAGACUGAGCUGGCCGACGUGAAGGUUUUUGAAAUGUUUACAGUGUAACAUGGCAGCAAGCCUCUCAUGUAAAGUAUGAGCAUUCUGGUGAAUGAGUCGCCCUCUUUUCUCUGAGUGUGCUGCAAGGUAACCCCACUCCAUAACCAUCACUGUCUUGUAUAGCUAGACAGAACAGGAACACUUCAGUCAUUCAGAACAUUGUUGAAAAUAUGAACUCACCAGAGAGAAGGGGAAAAACCAAAAAAUGGCUUAGCCUGAUGCACAUGUGCAUAUUUCCAAUGAUGUCAGAACAGCUCACAUUAAAUCAAAGAUGGUGCGAGAUUUCCUCCUCACUUAAAAACUGGAUUGCUGCCUAUCAGCAUUGCCCUCAGUGCUGCCACUGGUGUUGAAGAUAUUUUACAACAAUACUGGCGUAGAAGCGUUGACUGUUGCAAGGCAGACCUCUGCCACUUGUGGAAGCGCUCCACUCCAGUGAUCUUCCUGUAAUGCAUUUUAUGAAUGCCCGAAUACGUAAAACGUUAACGUGUGUGAUGGCCAUCCAGGACCCUGAUAUGUAGUAUGAUGAUGCUGCGUCAGGUGUAGCUGCCAGUGUAGCUGUUCACAGCAUUGAAACAGCAAAUUUUUGGACCAAAAUCUGUUCACAUCAAUGGAAUCAGUGUGAUUCACUAACAAAGAGUUCAACUUUAAUGAACAUGUGAAUUGGCAAAGUUGACCAACUGCUAACAAUCAUAGCAGUGCCAUACCAGAAAGAAAGAAAUCAUGUUGCUUCAUCCAGUUCAUGAAGCCCUGCUCCACAGUUGUGAUACAGCAUUAUCUGCUGUCAAAAGACAGCAGUUGAUUCAAUAAGCUCUCUUAAAUGAACUCUGUUCAUUUUUCACAUGGCUAGCAAUUGAGCUAGCGACCCUCACAAGUAGACACGAUCUCACCAAGCUCCCAGCACCACCUUUUCUAUUGUCACAGUGCCACAGCUACAAAGUGAGGGACUGGCUGAUGAUUAAACAUUUUAAUUAGUGAUGUAACUGAAUAAACACAGCCAGGUAGAAGGCUCUAAUAAAGAGGGGCCCCUUCUGAGUUUAUUUUUAGUUCCAACAAUUAAUUCGUUCUUCAAACAUACAUUUUUAAGAUGCUUUCUUCUCCCCUGUUGUGUUUUAAAUGAAAGUUGUCAGAUUGUAGUGGUUAGUGUCAACUCCAUUCUGUUCUUGCCAGGUUGAGCUGUAAUUCAUGAAACAUAAGGCUGUCAGUAAGGAAACAGAACACAAUGAAAUCUGAUAUUCCCUAGUUGCUCAGCUGCAUUUGACUACUUCUCCUCUGGCUUGUUUAUCAUGUUACCUGGAACAUGGGAUUCAUAUUGAUUGAACAGUAAAUAAUAAUUAUUAUUAAACAUGUUUUCUUCUUAUUAUAAACUCAUUAUGGACUUUUUCCGUUAAUUAAAUUCUGUUAAAAAUGUUAUGUUUCCUGGGUGGUGGUAUGAAGAGUUCUUCCUAAAUUUUGGAUAAUUAUCUUGAUCUAUGAAGCUGGGGACUGGAUCUAAAGUGCAGUGAUGGCUUCUCUCAGUUGAUCACAGGUACAUGAACAUGCAGAUUUCCCCAGCCUGUCUGUUCAACACCUUUCUCUUCUGUCAAUCUGAUGUAUUGUCACUUUUUUUGGAAAAUGUAAAGAAGCCUCACCUCUACUCAUGGUUUUAUAUUGAUAAUAAUACUGUUAUGAUCUCACUCUGCAUUCAAAAAUAAACUGUAGGAGUAAUUAA